CUUCGCUCUGGCCUUCCCCUAACCACGGCCGAUACUCCGCCCGUGCCCGGCCGGAACUCGCCGGGAUACCAGUGUACGAUUUCCAGAAAGCAGAAACCUCCGCCUCCUCGCUCCUCCUCACCGGCCUGCUCUGCCCCCACCCUGGCGAAUAGUUUCCCCUCCUUCCUUGUGCAAGCCGGGCGAUGGAAUUCGGGCACGGUUCCCGAGUCAUUCUGCUUUGAGAAGAACUAUUAGCUCCCAUGGAUCACAAGAGCUGGCUCUGGAGAAGAAAAUCCUCUGAGAAGACAAUUGUUGUAACCGACAGAGUAAAUCUACCAACUAAAGGAAAUGAAGAAGAGGCUUGUGAGACGGACAAAGUAGCAGACUUGGAGAAGACUGUGAAAGAUUUGAACGAGAAAUUGUUUUCUUCUCUUUCUGAAAAUAAAGCUAAAGAUGACAUUGUCAAGCAGCACGCCAAGGCGGCGAAGGAGGCCAUUGCAGGAUGGGAAAAGGCUGAAGCGGAGGCAGUAUCUUUUAAGCAGGGAUUGGACAAUGCCCUAGAGCAAGCAGCAGAGGCAGAUGAUAAGAUAGCUCACUUAGAUGGAGCGCUUAAAGAGUGCAUGAGACAGCUACGCCAUGUCAGAGAAGAACAGGAGCAGCGGAUUCAUGAUGCCAUUAUGAAGGUAACGAGAGACCACGAGCGGGAAAAGAUAAGGCUAGAAGAAAAGAUGGCAGAAGCAAAUAGGGAAGCUGUUGAGCUGCAUGCAGAGAACAACCGGCUGAAUAAGAUCAUUCAGGUGAAAGAGAAACUAAUGGAAGAAAUUAAAGAGAGAAGCCUGCAAGCAGAAGCAGAUUUCACUGCAUUGUCAGUUAGGUUGGAUUCAGCUGAAAAAUACAAUGCUACUCUAAAAUAUGAACUAUGUAUGCUGGAGAAGGAACUUGAGAUACGGAAUGAAGAAAAAGAGUAUAAUCGUAGAGCUGCUGAUGCAUCACACAAGCAACAACUAGAGAGCAUGAAGAAAAUUACUAAGCUGGAAGCAGAAUGCCAGAGAUUACGUCUUCUGGUGAGAAAGAGGUUGCCGGGCCCUGCUGCUGUUGCUCAGAUGAAAAAUGAAGUUGAGACACUGGGAAGGGAUCCUGAUGAACUGAGAAGGAAAAGGUUUAGCCAGGGUCAUGGUUCAGCUGCUUCUGGUUUGUCAGCUAGUCAGGAGACCAUCAGUAAGAGGUUUGUUUUCCUGACUGAGCGCAUGAGUGCAAUGGAGGAAGAGAACAAAACUUUGAGGGAGACCUUAGCAAAGACGAAUCAUGAGCUUGAAUCUUCAAGGGCCGUGUGUGCACGCACAAUGUCAAAAUUAACACAGGUUGAAGCACAGCUUGGCCAGCUAUUAAAAGGUCAGGACAACCUGGAACAAGCAAAAACCGUCUGUGUUUCUCUUGCCUCAAUAUCUGAAGAUAGUCGGAAUGAGGAUGAAAAUAGCUGUGCAGAGUCAUGGGCUUCUGCUCUGAUUUCAGAGCUGGAGCAAUUCAAAACUGGGAAGCCAAAGGAAUCAUGUAAAUCUUUUGGAACAUCAGAGCUUAGUCUGAUGGAUGACUUUUUAGAGAUGGAACAAUUAGCUAUAGUAUCUGUUGAUAAACCUUUGGAUACUUCUCAUACUCUCAGCAAGGAUGAAACUAUCGGUGUCAGUACUGCUGCCAAAACAAUCAUAUCUGUGAGUGAAGUAACUGGCAAAGAACUUGUUCCUUUUGGUGAAAAGGAUAUGGGGACUGAUACUGAAAACCCCGAAAUUCAUUCUAAAUGCAUCCAGAAGGAAACAUCUCCUGGCUGGCUUCUUAGACUCCUACGAGGUGUCCUGCUGGAUCAUGUCACUGAAGUAAGCAUAGAUGAAAUUUUAGAAGCAAUAAGAGUUGCAUUGAGUGAUUCUCCAUACUAUUUACCUGCUGAUGCCAUUGAGCUGACAACUGCCUCAAGCCCUCCCUACAGUACGGACCCUUCAUGCAUAAAGCCCUGCAACAGUUCUCGCAGUCCUCCACCAAUUUCUCCCAGAACGGACUCCUAUUCAGAGGAUGGUGAGAAGUUGUAUCCGAAGGACAAGAAGAAACAACUGUUCUCUUCCAAGCUCAAUAAAUCAAUCGCUAGAAUAAUACAUCUUAUUGAGGGAGCUGCUCAAACAUCACAUGCAGAUACGGGGAACCAUCAGAUUUCAUCGGAAAGUCCAAAUGCACCUCUACCUUACAGCAAUGGAGCUACAGGAUAUACCAUGCGUGUUUUCCAAUGGCAGAGUUCUGAACUCAACGUCGUCCUACAUGGUUUUGUUGAAUCCUGCAAUGACCUACUGCAGGAAAAGAUUGGACUCGAAAAAUUUGCUUCAAAAUUGUGCUCAACAUUGGAUUGGCUUAUAAAUCAUUGCUUUUCACUACAGGAUGUCUCCACUAUGAAGGAUACCAUCAAAAAACAUUUUGCCUAUGAUGAAUCUCUUAGUGAAACUGAAUCAGAGACUGGUGGCCUAGAAACUCCCACAUCACUACCAAAAUCCACUGAAUCUGAGAAACAUAUAACUGUAGAUCAAGCACGGGCCUCAGGUUUAUCCGGUUUCCAGGAAAAUCAUGACAGUUUUUGUCUGAAGCAGGGGAUUAAAUUGAAAACACGAGAAGAAUUUUGUAGUUUUAAUGGUGAGACUGAAAGGAUGAAAAUAGAAAAGAAAGAACUAGAAGAUAGACUUCAGUUGGCAAGUGACCUUAAUGAUUCCUUGAAGCACCAAAUUCAACAACUGGAUAAAAAAAUUUCAAGUUUAGAAUUGGAACUUGCAGGAGUGAAAGAUGAGAAGAGUUCAAUCGAGGAUCAACUCAAGAAACAUAGGUUGUUGAACGAUGAUCUUGAGGAAAAGCUUUCUUCUGUCAGAGUUGAGGUCGGAGAAUCAAACCAAAAGUUGUCUUCUUUAGAAGUUGAACUUGAAGAGAAAAUUAAUUGUCUCGAAGCAUUAGAAACAACAUGUCUAGAACUACAGCUACAGUUGGAAAGUGCUAAAAAGAGAGAAACUAGUCUUGGGGUGGAGGAAGCAGAGAAAAGACUUCGAAAUGACUUGGAAAUCUCAGCAGCAUCAGAAAAGCUAGCAGAGUGUCAAGAGACUAUUCUCAACCUUGGAAAACAAUUGAAGGCCCUUGCUUCACCAAGGGAUGCAGCCCUCUUAGAUAAAGUUAUCCCUUUCAGCCAACGCCGACCAUCCCUACUUGACCAAAUGUUAGCAGAUGAUGAGACAAAAUCAGGCUCAUGCAGGUCUCCCAAGACCAAAGACAUCAUCUGCACAACUGUUCCUGAUAAGCAGGGAGCUGCUGACCAUCAGAAAUCUGGUCUUCCUCCUGCCAAUAACCCCCAAGCUGGCCUUCUCUACGGGUGGAAAGUUCUCAAUUCAGAUCCUAACCAUCACGGUGCUGAAUCAGCUCUUGACAAUGCUUAUCAGUCUACACCUGUGAAAUCUCCUAGAAACUAUUUUGGUUCAGUUGAAAAGCAGAGACCAGAAAGCAGAACCUCUGAUGCCUCUUUGGCCAUUGUUCCAAAGAGACAAGGAGGAGGAAGUAGUGGUGGUUUCAUAAAGAGGCUUCUGUUGAGGAAAAGGAGAGCGAGCAGCAAGAAGUCACUUGGCAUUAUAUAGUCUUGCUUUUAAGUAGCAAAAGCAGAUGAAUUUGAGGCAUAAAAUAAGUUGGCAUAAUGAAUAGGUGAAGAUGUAAAUUGUCAUCCAACAUUCUUUCAUGGCUUUUUGGACUGCAAGUAGAUAGAAAGGUGGGUUGAAGGUCUUGUCUUGAGCGUGUAGAAGGGUUCUUUUUGUCUCUGGUUUUGGGGAUUUUGUUGGAGGAUGUUCGUCAUCCGUUGCUUGUAUAUAGGUGUCCAUGUAACAGUCUGACGGACCACGUUUUCUCGUAAUUUUUAAUACAAAACUCCAGUUUGUGGGCAA